AUGGUGGCAUCACUAUUCACUUUCUCCUCCACUUCAAGAAGAGUCAUCCCAGCUCCAAACUCUCCUCGUCUUCCCAUAUACAUCAAAGCCACAAAUGUCGUUUUCAAUCCUGAUAUACCAGAUGUUCAUCGAGGUCUUGGACUUGAUGAUUUUGUCAAUUUCUUAGUCUCCUGCCGACUUCGAUACGCAAUCGGUGAUGUUCCAUCAGAGUUCUUUCCCGAACAAGUAUGUGAGUUCUACUACACUGCAAUGGUUAAUGAUGAAAACAACGUCAUCUCCGGGACUAUUGGGCAUGGCAGACACUCUGUUUUUAUCACCGCUGAUCUCCUUAGUGCUGCGCUCAGGUUACCAGUCUUUGAACCAUUCUCUGAGCUUCCAACUAUUGAACGCUGUCAACGCCUCUUUGAUCAACUAGGCUAUGAUCACUCAAAGGCUGGUGCUCGAUCAGCUCUCAUUCUGCGUCAAUGUAUGACUCCAGGAUGGAAGUUCUUCACCGGGGCUCUGUGCAAAUGUGUGGGUCACAAAUCUCGCAGUGGUGAUCAACUGAGUACUUAUGAGCAACAAGUUGUCUGUUCCCUUCUUCUCAACAAACAUCUUGAUUAUGGGGGUUUCUUCUUUGAUCAGCUUGUCCAACUUCUUCGUGCCAAUGUACGUGCUGAUCAUGUCCCCUUUCCACGCUGGAUUGCUCUUAUCCUAGAUAAAUUUUUCGCUGAAGCCUACUACUCCCACUCUGGAAACCCCAUCCAAUGCCCACGCAUGUCAGUGCGAAUGUAUCAGGAUGAUCCAAUGGAAAAUGACAUUGGCAUCUCUGAUCGAAUGAGAGAAUGGAUCGCAAAUCCAUAUAUUGUUCCUUCACUAACCGCUGGUACUGAUGAAGGAGCUGAUGAGGGUUCACUCAGCUCAAGGGAAGCAACCAUCUCACGGGGAGCAACCAUCUCAGGGGGAGCGCCAUCCCAGGGGGAGCAACCUUCUCCGAGGGAGCAACAUCGCUCACAAGAAGUUCCAGGUACUCAAUUCCUUCAUAUACCGGCCUCAGCAUUUAAUGAGCUUCUUACACUGACUCAGGAGAUGAGUCAUCGUCUUCUACGAAUUGAGGCCGAUGUCCACCAACUGAACAGAGUUCUUUUGCCAACUCCUUCCCCUGGCCGACAACAUGAUGAUGAUCAAAAAGGGGGAGAAACUGAUGAUGAUCAAAAAGAGGGAAAAACUGAAUCUGUUGAGCUCGGAUCUGAGGAUAACAUUUUAAACCAGACCGAGCCACCACAGCCUGUGCACGAGUCUGAUAGACCAGCAGAUACUGAAAAGCUUGCUGAAAAUAGUGAGCAUGAUGAUGAGGAUGAACAUGAUGAUGAAUGUCAAAUAUUGGACAUGAACUUCAUUGAUCCUCAUGUGCCAGUUCAAGAAGAAGCCUCAGAUGAUAAUGAAGAUGAUCAUGAUGAUGAGUGUCAAAUGCUAGAUAUGAACUUCAUUGAUCCCAUUGUUCCAAUUCAAGGAGAAGACUCAGAUGUAGCUAGCGAGGAUAUUCAACCUCUAUCUCGCAAAUGCAAGGCAGCAAAUACUGAAUUGGUUGUUUCACAUACUGAUACUUCUCUUCCUAGUAAGAAACCAAAGUCCAUCGUCAAUAUAUCCAAUUUAGCAGCUGAAUGGAACAUGUCUCCUGAUCAAGUUAAGCAAAUUCUUGAUGAAGCCAAUAAAGCUCAGCUUCUAAAUAAUAUUGCUCAAGCUGAUGAAUCUCUCAUUUAG